AUGGAUACUUUACAGAAGGCCGUUAUUCACCCUCUUCAGCCCAUCCUCCGUCCCAUUUCGUCGGCCCUCCCGCAGCCUGUCCACGAUGCUAUCAUCUCCCUAGUCGGAUCUUCAUGCCACAGUGCCCUCCUCCUCGACCUUGAUGUGACCAAGGAUCCUUCGUGCACCUCCCUUGCUAUUUCCAAGGCGUUGGGAAUUGCGAUUGUGGGCGCUAGUGCCAUCGUCAAAGUUCCCCAAAUUCUGAAGCUCAUCCGUUCGCGAUCAUCUGUCGGCGUGUCCUUCGUCUCAUAUGCCCUUGAAACGGCCAGUCUAUUGAUCACUCUCUCUUAUGGAGUGCGCAACCAGUUCCCUUUCAGCACAUACGGCGAGUCGGCUUUGAUUGCGGUGCAGGAUGUUGUUGUCGGUGUUUUGGUUCUGAGCUUUGCGGAUCGUCCUACGGCAGCAGCAGCUUUCAUCGCGGUGGUUGCUGCCAGUGUGUACGCCCUGCUCUUCGACCAGACCCUGGUGGAUGCGCAGACGAUGUCGUACUUGCAGGCUGGCGCUGGUGCUUUGAGCAUUGCAAGCAAGGCCCCCCAAAUCUAUACCAUCUGGAGCGAGGGAGGAACCGGACAGCUGAGUGCCUUUGCGGUCUUCAACUACCUUGUCGGCUCCCUUUCUCGGAUCUUCACCACGCUGCAGGAAGUUGAUGACAAGCUUAUUCUGUACGGAUUCAUUGCUGGAUUCGUCCUCAACGUUGUUUUGGCGGCGCAGAUGCUCUACUACUGGAAGAGCCCUGCGCAACCCGAGAAGCAGGCCCCUCGGGUGUCCAGGCCAGUGGAAAAGAUCCCAGCCGUGGAGAGCUCCGGAAUUUCGCCCAGGCCCUCUGCAAAGUCGCCCACCACACGCAGACGGGGUUAG